CGCUGGCGGGUUGGUUUAUCGCCUCAGCGCCGCCCGCGCGCCGCGCCCGGGCAUCCCCGCAGACCCCGGCAGGCCUGGGGCCUGUGCCGUCCCUGCUCCUGGGCCCCUCCAGUGUGUCCCGCGCCUGCGCCUUUCCCUUCCCGCGCCGUCCUCGUUCUGGGCUUCGGGGCUCCUGGGACAACUCGCAGGCUUCGCCGCCGAGACCCACGGGCCUUCGUCCGUUGUUGUUGGGGUUCAGCUGGUUUUGGGAUCCCGCUUGCGGCUUGUCUGUGUGCAGACAGGCCGGGUGCGACCCUCGUGCUUGCCUUUCCCGUGCUCCGGUAGAGGCUGCGGCUACCGCCCCAUCGUCCGGGUCCCUUGCCUGGGGCGGGGACAGCGUUGUUCGGUGGCCCCGAGGGCGCAGCGCGGAGGAGCAGGGGCCACAGGCAGCGGACCCCGGGCCUGCUGCGGGUGCUGCUUCUGCUGUGGCCGGCGCCCGAGGCCGACGGAAUGUCCUUUCUUCUUGAGACGUGGUUAAUUGCAUCAGGUUGGAUGUGAAUAAUCCGGUACCUGUCUGAGGACGUUUUGCAUUUCCAGGAAUUUGUGUUCUUGGGGAAGAUCCUGACGAAGCCAUUUUCCAGUGGCACCUCUUCCACCAUGAGUUCCUGAGGCAGUCUGAUGGGGCUGCUUUAUUCCAGAACAAUCACAACCAAGAGCAGUGAUGACCUUUUAGCUGGAAUAGCCGGAGGGGUAACGGUGACUAAUGGUGUUAAAGGAAAGAAAAGCACCUGCCCAUCUGCAGCACCUUCAGCAUCUGCCCCUGCCAUGACCACCGUGGAGAACAAAUCCAAGAUUAGCACAGGCACAGCUUCUUCAACCAAGCGGAGCACUUCUACAGGUAAUAAAGAAUCCAGUUCUACUAGAGAAAGAUUACGUGAACGUACCCGAUUAAACCAGAGCAAAAAACUACCUUCUGCAGGUCAGGGAGCUAAUGACGUGGCAUUGGCCAAACGUUCCCGCAGUCGAACUGCUACAGAAUGUGACGUUCGUAUGAGCAAGUCUAAGUCAGACAAUCAGAUCACUGACAGAGCUGCUUUGGAGGCCAAAGUGAAGGAUCUUCUCACACUGGCAAAAACCAAAGAUGUAGAAAUUUUACAUUUGAGAAAUGAACUGCGAGACAUGCGUGCCCAGCUGGGCAUUAAUGAGGAUCAUUCUGAGGGUGAUGAAAAAUCUGAGAAGGAAAUUAUUAUGGCUCACCAGCCAACUGAUGUGGAGUCCACUUUAUUGCAGUUGCAGGAACAGAAUACUGCCAUCCGUGAAGAACUCAACCAGCUGAAAAAUGAAAACAGAAUGUUAAAGGACAGGUUGAAUGCAUUGGGCUUUUCCCUAGAGCAGAGGUUAGACAAUUCUGAAAAACUGUUUGGCUAUCAGUCCCUGAGCCCAGAAAUCACCCCUGGUAACCAGAGUGAUGGAGGAGGAACUCUGACUUCUUCAGUGGAAGGCUCUGCCCCUGGCUCAGUGGAGGAUCUCUUGAGUCAGGAUGAAAAUACGCUAAUGGACCAUCAGCACAGUAACUCCAUGGACAAUUUAGACAGUGAGUGCAGUGAGGUCUACCAGCCCCUCACAUCGAGCGAUGAUGCGCUGGAUGCACCAUCCUCCUCAGAGUCGGAAGGCAUCCCCAGCAUAGAGCGCUCCCGGAAGGGGAGCAGCGGGAACGCCAGUGAAGUGUCCGUGGCUUGCCUGACUGAACGGAUACACCAGAUGGAAGAGAACCAACACAGUACAAGUGAGGAACUCCAGGCAACCCUGCAAGAGCUAGCUGAUUUACAGCAGAUUACCCAGGAACUGAAUAGUGAAAAUGAAAGGCUUGGAGAAGAGAAGGUUAUUCUGAUGGAGUCUUUAUGUCAGCAGAGUGAUAAGUUGGAACACUUUAGUCGACAGAUUGAAUACUUCCGCUCUCUUCUAGAUGAGCAUCACAUUUCUUAUGUCAUAGAUGAAGAUGUAAAAAGUGGGCGCUAUAUGGAAUUAGAACAACGUUACAUGGACCUCGCUGAGAAUGCCCGUUUUGAACGGGAGCAGCUUCUUGGUGUCCAGCAGCAUUUAAGCAAUACUUUGAAAAUGGCAGAACAAGACAAUAAGGAAGCUCAAGAAAUGAUAGGGGCACUCAAAGAACGCAGUCACCAUAUGGAGCGAAUUAUUGAGUCUGAGCAGAAAGGGAAAGCAGCCUUGGCAGCCACGUUAGAGGAGUACAAAGCCACAGUGGCCAGUGACCAGAUAGAGAUGAAUCGCCUGAAGGCCCAGCUGGAGAAUGAAAAGCAGAAAGUGGCAGAGCUGUAUUCUAUCCAUAACUCUGGAGACAAAUCUGAUAUUCAGGACCUCCUGGAGAGUGUCAGGCUGGACAAAGAAAAAGCAGAGACUUUGGCUAGUAGCUUGCAGGAAGAUCUGGCUCAUACCCGAAAUGAUGCCAAUCGAUUACAGGAUGCCAUUGCUAAGGUAGAGGAUGAAUACCGAGCCUUCCAAGAAGAAGCUAAGAAACAAAUUGAAGAUUUGAAUAUGACGUUAGAAAAAUUAAGAUCAGACCUGGAUGAAAAAGAAACAGAAAGGAGUGACAUGAAAGAAACCAUCUUUGAACUUGAAGAUGAAGUAGAACAACAUCGUGCUGUGAAACUUCAUGACAACCUCAUUAUUUCUGAUCUAGAGAAUACAGUUAAAAAACUCCAGGACCAAAAGCAUGACAUGGAAAGAGAAAUAAAGACACUCCACAGAAGACUUCGGGAAGAAUCUGCGGAAUGGCGGCAGUUUCAGGCUGAUCUCCAGACUGCAGUAGUCAUUGCAAAUGACAUUAAAUCUGAAGCCCAAGAGGAGAUUGGUGAUCUAAAGCGCCGGUUACAUGAGGCUCAAGAAAAAAAUGAGAAACUCACAAAAGAAUUGGAGGAAAUAAAGUCACGCAAGCAAGAAGAGGAGCGAGGCCGGGUAUACAAUUACAUGAAUGCCGUUGAGAGAGAUUUGGCAGCCUUAAGGCAGGGAAUGGGACUGAGUAGAAGGUCCUCGACUUCCUCAGAGCCAACUCCUACAGUAAAAACCCUCAUCAAGUCCUUUGACAGUGCAUCUCAAGUACCAAACCCUGCUGCAGCUGCAAUUCCUCGAACACCCCUGAGCCCAAGUCCUAUGAAAACCCCUCCUGCAGCAGCUGUGUCCCCUAUGCAGAGACAUUCCAUAAGUGGACCAAUCUCAACAUCCAAACCCCUGACAGCCCUGUCAGAUAAGAGACCAAACUAUGGGGAAAUCCCUGUUCAAGAGCAUCUGUUAAGAACAUCUUCAACCAGCCGGCCUGCUUCCCUCCCGAGAGUGCCUGCGAUGGAAAGUGCCAAGACCCUCUCAGUGUCUCGACGAAGUAGUGAAGAAAUGAAACGGGACAUUUCUGCACAGGAGGGAGCGUCGCCAGCCUCUCUGAUGGCUAUGGGAACCACGUCUCCACAGCUUUCCCUGUCCUCUUCUCCAACGGCAUCUGUGACUCCCACCACCCGAAGCCGAAUAAGAGAAGAAAGGAAAGACCCUCUCUCAGCAUUGGCCAGAGAAUAUGGAGGAUCAAAGAGGAACGCCUUGCUGAAGUGGUGUCAGAAGAAAACAGAAGGCUAUCAGAAUAUUGACAUUACAAACUUCAGCAGCAGCUGGAACGAUGGGCUGGCCUUCUGUGCCCUCCUGCAUACAUAUCUCCCUGCCCACAUUCCAUAUCAAGAACUGAACAGCCAGGAUAAGAGAAGGAACUUCAUGCUGGCUUUCCAGGCAGCUGAAAGUGUCGGCAUCAAAUCCACACUGGACAUUAAUGAAAUGGUACGGACUGAACGACCCGAUUGGCAGAACGUGAUGCUGUAUGUGACGGCGAUCUACAAGUACUUUGAGACCUGAGCAUGCCAGGAGGAGCCGCCCCAAUAGCGGGGGUACCCCUCCACAGCGACCGAGCGACGCCAACGCCAUUAGCUACGCACCCCUGUAAAGCUUCCAGCAACUCUGGGCUGCCCCACAGCGUGUGAGCCUCCAGCUCGGGGCUUCCGUAUUGGCAGAACUCAGCUGUGUGGCCCACAGCUCCCACCAGGGCCCCUCCCACGUGACCCAUCCAUUCAGGUCGUGUGGGCUCAGCACACAUCCUGCAGGCCGGUGGCUGCUGGAGUUUUCCUUCUGAAGAGAAUAUUGAACUACACUAGUGCUCCAGGGCACCAAACAUAAAGGGCUCAUGCACAGCUGAAUUUGGGAAAAGGGAUUCAGUUCUGUGGGAAACUCACUGGGGUUGAUGCAGGCUCGGCUGCGGCACUUCUUGACUAUUGGCUGGGGUGGGUUCCGGUGCUGGUGAGAACCCAGAAGGAGAGUCAGCGCCUGGCAGUUCCCAGUGCCCUGGGCCCUUCACCGUCCUAGUUUGGAGGAGCAUGUCACCACAGACGUGAGUCAGCUGCCCCACACCUGACGGGGCUGUCCCGGCCGACACAAUCCAGGCGUGUUCAGCCUGAGCUGGGAGAGUAUCUAGAGGGCGUGGUACGGGCACGCCAGGGCUGGGGUGCUGCUGCUGCGCUCACGUGGCUGGGCUUUCUGGCGGGAAGCAGUUGCAGGGGCCCCUUGCCUGGAUUCUGCAACCUGUCUUCCAGCCUGGAAGGGGUUUGGAGUCCCAGCUCUGGCUUUAGAUUUCUUCAUCGUAAGGCGUUUUUCUAGUUAGGAUUUUUGUUUUGUUAUAAGCAAUGCUGGAAAAAGUUGCUCCUGUUCUGUUAGUACCAAAGUUACAUUGUUUCAAUAAUCAUAGAAAUCUAAACAAGAUCUGUACAUUAGCAUGGUGAGAGCAAGGAAUGAAGCAGGAAAUAGGAGAAAAGUAAACAACUUUAGGGAGCCCAGGCAGUGUCAUUUAAACUCACUGAGUCACUAAGACAUAAUUCUCCUAGGCCAGAGUUUAAGAAAGUGCCUUAACUCUUCUUGUGAGGGCAGCCACUUGCCCUCCAUGGCCAAGGCGGGACCUCUAAGACUCAGUGGUUGAGUUGUGUCCUACCACCGUGCCCGCCCUCCCCAGGUGCCGGGUCCAUGCCCCCCGUGCCCGCCCUCCCCAGGUGCCGGGUCCAUGCCCCCCGUGCCCGCCCUCCCCAGGUGCCGGGUCCAUGCCCCCCGUGCCCGCCCUCCCCAGGUGCCGGGUCCAUGCCCCCCGUGCCCGCCCUCCCCAGGUGCCGGGUCCAUGCCCCCCGUGCCCGCCCUCCCCAGGUGCCGGGUCCAUGCCCCCCUUGCCCGCCCUCCCCAGGUGCCGGGUCCAUGCCCCCCGUGCCCGCCCUCCCCAGGUGCCGGGUCCAUGCCCCCUGUGCCCGCCCUCCGCAGGUGCCGGGUCCAUGCCCCCCGUGCCCGCCCUCCCCAGGUGCCGGGUCCAUGCCCCCCGUGCCCGCCCUCCCCAGGUGCUGGGUCAAUGCUGUUUGAACCAAAGCCUUAUUUAAAGGUGGUCACUGGAGAUGCUGUCAGGCUAGAACUCAACAGCUGUUUUUGGGAAUAGGGAUCUCCCGUGUGCCUAACGCAGUAGCUAUUGGUUUGAACAAUGUCCAGACAAGACCUGUAGCUUUGAGAAUACAACUGUGUUUGGCACCUGCAUAGCACCAUGAGGAAGACCAGCCACUAGUGGAAGCGGGGUCACUGCCCCACAGACUGGAUGCCCCACAGACUGGCUCCCAGGAGGCCCAGCCAGCCCGAUUGUGGGCUGAGGGGUCUGCAUUCAAGCACGAUGUUCUAGAGUAGGAGUUUAACGUGUCUGCGUAGCCUAGAAUGUGGUUAUUAGGAAAGGGGCUGUGCAUGUGGGUGCGGCUGGCGGUACACCUGGUCACCAGAUGGCCAGGAGCUGCCCAUCAGCCCUGCUGCCGCCGGCUGGAUGCCCUUUGGUGAAAUGCCCAUUUUCAGCUAAGAAAGGAGAGGCCAGGCAAGCAAAGUCAUGCCACAAAGCAUACCAGAGACCCCCGCAGAUGCCUGGCCCAGUCCCGCCCCCCGUCUGAGUUGUGUUCUUGUUGCUGUUCCUCUGUUGAUGGCCAGCUCUGCUGUUGGCAUGAGCCACUGAUGUUCAUGUGAGAAUUAUUGUUUUUAAGUGUCUCUCCACUUAGGUGUCCUCAGUUCCCACUUUAGCUCUCAUUUGCCUUCACAGAGGCCAGUCCACCUGUCCGGAUCCAGCUGUCUGGUCAUGGUUUGGUAUAUUUAUUUUGUCUUUCAGGGGCUGUUUUGCCCUAAGAAUGAGGUGACUUUCCUGGGUCUGCAGUUCCCAACUUUAUCUCUUGCUGGCCAUGCGAGCCUAGCCCUGGUGCCUCAUGGGAUGGGGGGGUAGGGGUCCCCAGGAUCUUCUGGAGGAAGGUGGCCAUGGAUGGAUGGGCUAUAUCUGUGUUUUCCCUCUGGUAGUCUCAUGGGUCCAGCAUCAGGCCUGGGGUCAGCAACAGGGAAAGAGGGAGGGCGCGGAGAGAGCCUGGCCCCGCCUAUCUAGAGGCUUGCCUCGGGCCCCUCCUUGGGGAAGGUUUGCGUGCAGAGCUGCAGGGGAGAGGGUUCCAGAAGCGUUGCCUUUUGCCUCAUCUAAUAGGAUCCUUAGGACACUGUGGGCUUUAGGAAUGACUAUAGAUGCUCACACGUGUUUAAAGUGACAUUUAGAGAUGCUCUCAGUCCUGUGGCACCUGGCACGAAGUCUCCAGGAAGCCACUUUGCCUCUUCUCCCUUCAAGCACAAGCUUUACUGCAAAAGGGCCAGUCGCGUUUCUAUUUCUCUUGAUCCCAGGCUUCUGCAGACUGACGAUACUUUUAAAUGUUGUUCUAGUAAAUAUUCUUGAAUGUAUUAAAAUGGCUGAAACAACAA